AUGCAGGAUAGUGAGAUAAAUAAAGUUGAUUCCUUCAAUGGACCUACUAGUGUGGUAAGAAAGCUAAACACUAGGAAGGGAAGUAGAUCACUUGAGGACAGUUCAAAUGAUCAGGCAUGUGGAAGAUUUCCGGAGGACAGUUCAAAUAGUCUAGCAUGUGGUUUGCUCCCACAAGGUUUGAGAAUGAAGUCAUACUAUUUUGGUUGUGGUAAUCAACCAAGGAAUAGCUUAUGGACUUACAGUUACAAGCCAAAAACUGCCAUGGAGGUCUGUGGUAAUGAUGAAUCUGUGAAGCUCUUGAGUGGGUGGCUACAACAAUGGCGUGAAAGAGAGUUUCAAAUAUGCAAGGAUCAUAUUGAUUGUGAUACAAGUGAUAGGGAAAAAGAUGAUUAUAUCUAUUCUGAAAGUGACUCUAAUUCAGGAAGCCAAUAUGAGGAGGAUAGGCUGAAAAACGUCCUCUUAGUUACAGGACCAGUUGGGGUAACUACAAAGACUGCAUUAUCUUGUUACAACUAUGAUGAGUCAUGGUACUUGGUUUUGUUUCUAGAUUACUUUGUGCCUGAUGAUGAAAACUUUUAUUUUUGUAUUGAUAUGUGCAUUGAUUUCAUUUUGAGCCUCCAUCUUUUCUACUCUCACCAUCUUUGGUUCUCACCAUGA